AUGCUAUCUCGAGGAGGUCGCGACAAUGAGAGCGAUCAACAUAAUAGACGUUUUGAGUCGAACGACGUCACCUCUCAACGACCGUUCCCUUCUACACGAUUGAUACCAUUUCUGAAAAGGGUAGAGUACGAUUCAAGAACACCUCCGGUGUUGUUUGUCGGUGACAAAGUGAUCGUGAAGAUUGGGCUCCAAAUCCAGGCGAUGAGCAAUUUCGAGUUGUCCACAAUGGACUACGAUGUCGAUACGUGGCUCCGUAUGGCUUGGUACGAUCCCCGCCUGAGACAUGGAUCCAGCCGUCCAAUUCUCGUCAACGAAUUCACGUUUCUGAAAAAAAUCUGGAGGCCUGAUCCGAUUUUUACAAACGCGAAGUCGGCCACAUUUCACAAGUAUUUCGAGCAAAUCGCGGCCUCCUUGGCCGGAGAAAAGAUUGAGAAGAGCCAUUAUUUAGUUUACUUAGCCAAUGUUUAUGUGAUGAUCGACUUUGAAAGAAAUGUCACCUACCUCAAUUUUUACAUGCUUAUAUUCCCUGGAGGAGAGGUAUUUUUAGAUUUUCGGGUUUAUUUGAAACCGACAGCAGCCGAAGUGAUUCUCUGUAAAUAUCCUCACGAUAAUCCUGCAUGCUCGUUGAAGAUCACUUCGCUUGGAUUCACUUCCGAUGCAGUGGAAUUCGAAUGGUUCUCCAAACCGUCUGACGCUAUUCAACUGAAUCGAGAUCUUGAAAUACCGGAACUGUCCCUGAUCGAUGUGAAGGCUGAGACCUGUGACGGUUCCCGCAAAUCAGCUGUUGCUGUCUUCGAACUGUCUCAUAUUACUCCUAGGUAA